GCAAGCAAGCAAACGCGCCAGGGAAGGAGCUAGAAGCAACAUGGAAAGAGGUGUAAAGGAAAAGACCCAUGGAAUAGCAGGUUCUAGAAUUAAGACUGCAGUUCCACUCGGGGAUGGUCCAAAACGCGUUCCGAUUGCUCAGCCCUCUCAGAACCGGUUACCUGGAGGCGGAGGCCAAGCACAGCGUGUCUUAUGUCCUUCAAAUCUCGCACAGCGAGUUCCUUCACAGGCCCCAAAGCCAAUAUCCAACCAGAAGUUAGCGUCCAGUCAGAAACCAGUCCCAAACCAGCAGUCCCAGGCCCCCCCAUCUCAUCCGGCACCAAGGCCACAGCCUACAAUGCCAAACAAAGACCAGGCUCAACCCCCAACAUCCGCAAACAUUCCUGAAAAGAGAGAAGUACCUAGCCAGAAAGAGGCACCUAGUCAGAAGAAUGAAGAAUCAAAAAAACGGCAGUGGUCAUUGGAUGACUUUGAUAUCGGUCGCCCUUUGGGAAAAGGAAAAUUUGGAAAUGUUUACUUGGCCAGGGAGAAACAAAGCAAAUUUAUCCUGGCACUGAAGGUGCUAUUUAAAGGCCAGCUGGAGAAAGCAGGAGUUGAACAUCAACUGCGACGAGAAGUCGAAAUCCAGUCUCAUCUUAGGCAUCCAAAUAUUCUCAGAUUAUAUGGGUAUUUCCAUGAUGCCACCCGGGUUUACUUAAUUCUAGAAUAUGCACCUCGUGGAGAAGUAUACAGAGAACUUCAGAAAUUUUCCAAGUUUGAUGAACAGAGAACUGCUACUUAUAUCACAGAGUUGGCUGAUGCCCUUUCGUACUGCCACUCGAAAAAAGUGAUUCACCGAGAUAUUAAGCCUGAAAAUCUGCUGCUCGGAUCGGAUGGUGAACUGAAGAUUGCUGACUUCGGAUGGUCUGUGCACGCCCCCUCGUCGAGGAGAACAACUCUGUGUGGCACUCUUGACUACUUGCCUCCCGAGAUGAUUGAAGGCAGAAUGCAUGAUGAGAAGGUGGAUCUCUGGAGUCUUGGAGUCCUGUGUUAUGAAUUUUUAGUGGGGAAACCUCCUUUUGAGGCAGAAACCUACAACGAAACUUACAGGAGCAUUUCAAAGGUUGAAUACAACUUUCCUGGAUUUGUAACAGAUGGAGCUAAGGAUCUUAUCUCAAAACUUCUGAAGCAUAACCCAUACCAGAGGCUAACUUUAAAGGAAGUGCUCGAACACCCAUGGAUCACGGCCAACUCUUCGAAAGCACCGAACAGCCUAAAGAAGCAAGGGUCCACCAGCACAAAAUCCUAGAUCCUUAAGUUGAGGAAACCUCUCUGGACCAUGAGUACUGUGUUAUCAAGUAGAACAUGCUGCUGAAACUAGUUUUGACCAAAAGCCUUCUGUCUAAGGAGGUGUUAAGUCCAUUUGUUUCCAAACUGAGCUGUCAGUAUUUAAGUCCUCAACAACUGUAAUUCAGGAAACUUGACCCUUAUUUAAA